AUGACCGACUACCUCUACGCCGUGGACGACGACAAUGCCGCGGCAGGCCACUCGGCCCGCGCCGCCGCCGCCGUGCAUGCCGCCAUGCCGCGCCUGGAGGAGGAUGUGCGCUCCCUUCUCUCUUCCUCCCUGCGGCGCUUCUCGAUCUCCUCGGACGACAUCGACGAUGCGACGCCCAGCGCGUCGCCGCGCCACGGCACGCUCUCCCCGGACGCCACGGCCUCCGUGCGCGGCGUCGCGGACCAGAUACUCCUCGGCGUCGAGGCCGUCGCCAUCGAGGAGGUGACCAAGAUGGAGUGGAGCGUGCUCGACCAGAAAAUGCGCCGGUGGAGCCACGCUGUCAGGGCCGUGGUCAGGACCUUCCUCGCCGACGAGCGCCUGCUGUGCGACGAGGUCUUCGAAUUGGACGAGGAGCUUGGCCACGAGUGCUUCGCCUACAUCGCCAGGGGAAUGUUCGAGGCACUCACUGACGUGCAGCCGGAGCUCGAAGCCCUAUUCUCCGGCGAUGCCGCGCGCGAUUUCUUCACUGGCUAG